UGUCGAAAAACCCAGCAACCAGAAGGAUGGAUGGCAUGACCCCAGCUCCGACGCCCGGCCUUGGCGGCGGCCAGGACAUCUCUGGCGCGCAGGUCAAGGACCCCGAGAUCAAGUACAUCUGCGGUGACUGCGGCAUCGUCAACUACCUCGCAGCCCGCGACCCGAUCCGCUGCCGCGCCUGCGGCUACCGCAUCAUGUACAAGGCCCGCACCAAGCGCCUGAUCCAGUUCGAGGCCCGGUAAACGCGCCUCCUGUUACAUAUAAGAAAAGACUAAGUCGACUUCCGUAAGACGAAUUCAUAUCACCAUCAUCCUAUGCAAGCCA